AGCCCCUCCUCCGAACCCUGUCAUGGCUGCGUCCAGGGUGCAAGCUGAGGUGAGGAAACGCGAUGCUGGGCUUUUUGUCCGCGCGACAAGCGGGUUUGGAAGACCCUCUGCGCUUCCAGAGAACGGAGUCCACACGGAGGGUUUUGGGACUGGAGUUAAACAAAGACAGAGAUAUUGAGAGAAUCCAUGGAAGUGGAGUUAACACCCUUGACAUUGAACCUGUUGAAGGGAGAUACAUGUUAUCAGGUGGUUCAGAUGGUGUGAUUGUACUUUAUGACCUUGAGAACUCCAGCAGACAACUUUAUUACACAUGUAAAGCAGUGUGUUCCAUCGGCAGAAACCAUCCUGAUGUUCACAAGUACAGUGUGGAGACUGUUCAGUGGUAUCCUCAUGACACUGGAAUGUUCACAUCAAGCUCAUUUGAUAAAACUCUGAAAGUAUGGGACACAAAUACAUUACAAACUGCAGAUGUAUUUAAUUUUGAAGAAACAGUUUAUAGUCAUCAUAUGUCUCCAGUUGCGACCAAGCACUGUUUGGUAGCAGUUGGUACUAGAGGACCCAAAGUAAAACUUUGUGACUUAAAGUCUGGAUCCUGUUCUCAUAUUCUGCAGGGUCACAGACAGGAAAUCUUGGCAGUUUCCUGGUCACCACGUUAUGAGUAUAUCUUGGCUACUGCAAGUGCUGACAGUAGAGUAAAACUAUGGGAUGUGAGGAGAGCUUCAGGAUGUUUGAUUAAUCUUGAUCAGCAUAAUGGGAAAAAGUCACAAGCUGCUGAAUCAGCAAACACUGCUCAUAAUGGGAAAGUUAAUGGCUUAUGUUUUACAAGUGAUGGGCUUCAUCUCCUCACUGUUGGUACAGAUAAUCGAAUGAGGCUCUGGAAUAGUUCCAAUGGAGAAAACACACUAGUGAAUUAUGGAAAAGUUUGUAACGACAGCAGAAAAGGAUUGAAAUUCACUGUCUCCUGCGGCUGCAGUUCAGAAUUUGUUUUUGUGCCAUAUGGUAGCACCAUUGCUGUUUAUACAGUUUACUCAGGAGAACAGAUAACUAUGCUUAAGGGACAUUAUAAAAAUGUUGACUGCUGUGUAUUUCAAUCUAAUUUCCAGGAACUUUAUAGUGGUAGCAGAGACUGUAAUAUUCUUGCUUGGGUACCAUCCUUAUAUGAACCAGUUCCCGAUGAUGAUGAGACUACAACCAAAUCGCAGUUAAAUCCAGCUUUUGAAGAUGCCUGGAGCAGCAGUGAUGAGGAAGGAUGAAUAUCAACCUUUUUGUCUCUACUGAUGAAACUUUUGAAACAGCACUGUUUGUGUGAGAUUUUUUUUAACUGUUCAGUUACUGACAAUUAAAUUAGCUUCAAAUUUG